AUGUCAAUAGAAGGAACAAGUGAGUUUGGUUGGUUGAAACAAUCUCCAAUGGUGAACUCCGCUCAGAUCAGAUCAUUAGAUGUGAAAUGGAGAUGGCUGUGGAAAAAGGCAGUUAGAAAAAAGCAUAACGAAAUAAUUCGUCAGAGUCUAGAGUGGAGCCCCAAGGACAGCGAAGUCGCGGCCGGCCUAGAGAAACGUGGUGGCGAACUCAAAAAAAGGAAAUGUGCAACACAUGACUAG